AUGCCAUCCCGUGACGACUGGCCCAAGAUGCCCGAUGGCUACGACUUUGAUGGCCGGCACUUGCUCACCUUGGUCCGUUAUGGUAGCAGUCCGUUCGAUAACGAGUGGGACGUGAAUCUUCUCAUUCAGGAAAUGGAAGACAAGUUUCUCGCUUUGGUGGUUGACAUUCCACAGGUGUCCAAGGGAUAUAACCAUUAUUCUUGUCUUCUUUCCCGGGCAGCUCACAUUCGGGCAUCGCUUUACAGAUUUAAAGUCCCGCCCAACUUCGCCUCUGCCUGGCUCCGACAACGUCUUUUCGAGCAAAAACCGGACUUACUCCCCAUUCCCGUUGGUCCCACGCGCGAGUUCUGCGUUGCCCUCCUCGCCUCCAAGACCGAAGCAACCUUAAAGGAUAUUGGAGACAUGACUGGAUGCGAGGAUGACGACAACAGCGUCGGUCCAAUUGUUGCAGCGGCUAAGAAGUCGCUCCUUCGUCUCAUCCCACACAUAAUGCCCAAAGGCGAUGACAACAUGGACUUAUACCGUUUCGUCCUUGAUCACGGCGACUUUGGCAUUCACAAUAUGUUGAUUGCAAUGGAUAAGAACAACCAGCCUCUCGUGACGUCGUUGUUCGACUGGGAGACUGGGCACAUUGUGCCAGCUAUCCUGUCCGACCCGUUGAUGGCGGUGACAGUCGAUUUAGUGGCUGGUGAAGAUGCGGCGCCUUCCUUGACCCGUUUGCCUGACACCGCAACUGCGGACUUGUUGGAGGAGACCUCGACAUGGUCAAGGCAAUAUUUCAAGGCCCUUUUCUUCGAGGCACCGGAGUACGAGCGCGUUAUUCGGGCGGGUGGGGACGCGCGCCAUAUCUGGUUCACCCUUCAAGCCUGGAGUGGCGAUAAACCUGGGAAGUAUUUUGGCAAGUUGGGGGCUUGGGCUGAGAGAAGGUUGCAGGAACUUGGCGUGAAUCAAUAA